CAACUCGGCUCCGGGGCAGUAAUUUGGCGCACCGGCACAGGCCCUGAAUUGCCGAUUUGUGUCGGGGAACGUGCUGAGGCUGGGCUCGGCUUCUCCGGUUUCAGACCCGACCUGUGCCCCAGCCUGUAGCGCUGCUGCAGCACCGCCCGGUGGCAGAGUCCUCUGCAGGAAUAUUUUUGAAACGUCCCCGUCUUUUCCUCGAAGAUCUUUUGUUAUUCCCGGCGCCGAGGCUGGCGUUUCGCUAGUCGCAACCAGCUCAGACCCUCCAGGGAAGCAGCCUUUCCCGUGACUGUUCUUGCCAAACAGUCUGGUUACCUUCCUGCGAGCACCUUUCUUUUCUGAGGUAGCCAAAACCAAAACGUGAACCUCAGAAAACCUCUUAAUCAUAAUAACACUGGAGAACUACAUCUGUUGACUUGAGGGGUCUCACAUGGAGUCAUCGUCCUGUGGCUGUGAUCUUCUCACCAUUAGCAUUCUAUACUUAAAAGGUUUCCUCUGGUUUUGCGGUGUUUUAGCUCGUUAUGAACUAACAACAGAAAAGGAAAAAAAAAAACCAAAAAAUUGAAGGUUAAAAAAAAAGGUAAAACUUUCUGUUACUUUGUAGUGCUCAGUGCUAUUUGAACACAUAAGAGCUAUGUAUAACACCUCCCAGAAAUGAUACAAGCUUCCCAUCACCAAUGUUUCUUGGAAUUGGACAGAUGGCAGCCACUAUUCUUAUCCUGUAUGUGUCGAAAUUAAAUAAGAUUGUUCACUUCCCUGAUUUUGACAAAAGUAUACCUGUGAAGUUGUUUCCUCUGCCUCUGAUUUAUGUUGGAAACCACAUAAGUGGAUUAUCAAGUACCAGCAAACUCAGUUUGCCGAUGUUUACAGUGCUCAGGAAGUUUACCAUUCCACUUACUUUACUGCUGGAAAUCAUCAUACUUGGGAAACGUUACCCACUGAGUAUUAUAGUCAGCGUAUUUGUCAUCAUUCUUGGGGCUUUCAUAGCAGCUGGGUCUGACCUGUCUUUUAAUCUGGAGGGCUACACGUUUGUAUUGCUAAAUGAUAUCUUCACGGCAGCAAAUGGAGUUUACACAAAGCAGAAAAUUGAUCCAAAGGAGUUGGGAAAAUAUGGUGUCCUUUUCUAUAAUGCUUGUUUCAUGGUAGUACCAACAGUUAUUAUGAGCUUUUCUACUGGAGACUUUCAGCAGGUUUCUCUUGAUGUAUUCUACUGUCCUAUGCAGUCAUUACAAUUCUGCACUUACAACAGCAGUAGUUGGUGCCAUCAAGAAUAUAUCCAUUGCUUACAUUGGAAUGUUGAUUGGUGGAGAUUACAUAUUCUCCAUGUUAAACUUCAUUGGGCUAAAUAUUUGCAGUUCCGAGCUGUGCUACUUCCGAGUAAAAGCCAGGUGGUGUGGGAAGUGAGAACACUGUGUCCAUUGAAUAGGAGUUACGACUUUAUGGCAGGAGGACUGAGAUACUCAUUUUUAACCUUAAGAGGGAACAGCAAGCCUUCGCAACCUGGGGAUGAAGAGACUGCACUUCCUGAGUCAAAGAGUUAGCCAAAAUGUCUGCCCUGAAAGAGACUGAACAUACAAGUUAGUUUAGCAUUGCAGAGAACUUAAGUAAUUAUAUGCUGCAACAUAUUUGGAACAAGAAAAAAAAAUCUACCUCAAUUGCCACAGAUGUGCACACAACUCAUUGGUUCAGAAAUAUUCUUGUACACCAUGUUUUUUACAUGUGGACAAGUUUAAUUUUAGCAUUUUUUUACACCAUGAGCUAAUUUAGGAAGUAAUGCCAUGAACAAAUCUCAGAUCCCUUCAUUUACCUGUGUUAUGGUGCUAUUUGUUCUAUUUCAGUGUCUGCCAGUACUCUCUGAGGCAAAACUGCCUGUAAGGAUCAUGUGGUUUGAUUCACCAUUACGUUAUGCCAUAUGCAGUCUUUGGUAUCAGUGAAGUGAUGAAAGAUGCUAGUGAUUCAGAAUGAUUUCACGUACACAUUUGCUCUUGUGUAAGUGGCUGUAGAAUGUAUGGGGCAAAGAGGAGAUCGGCCCCAAGUUUGUUCCCUGUGUAAGUGUUGACUGAAGAAUUCAGGAUAUGGCCUAGCAUGUUUGGUAUGCAUUGUGUAGAUAUUCUCUCUCAGUCUUUUCCUCAUCCUCAAUAACAUGGUGUUCUGCUGCAAUUGUCACUGUUGUUGUAAGUGAAUUCUCGUAACUUUGCUGCAGGAUCAAGGAGAGAAGGAAAUCGAGGGAAGAAUUUUAUAUAUAAAAAGAUUUUUUUUGUGUGAGAGCCAGUACCAAACAGGUUAAUUAGGAGAGAUAACAAAGGUAAAUCUAUUUUUGUUUAGGUACAUUCGUCUCUUUAUAUCACAGUCCCCUCCUCUGAUGUUUUGUCUAUAACUAUCUUCUAAUGCUGUAGAGAAGUGAUGUUACUAUAUAUAAACUACAAGAGAGGAAACUGAUUCAUAUAUGGAAGACUAACUUGUCUUUAAAUGAGGAGAAAGGAUUAGUGUCUUGUUGUGUCUUAUAUAUGCAGUGAAAGCUUAUCUGGUACUAGUUUAUGCUUAAAAUUCAGAAUAAGGAAUUAUAACAAGCCCAAGAGGUUUCUACAGUGGGCAAGGCUGGCCCACUGGUUAAAAAAACUGGUCUGGAAUCUGAUUGUUAAGGUUAUCGUCUGGGACAAUAAUGUAUCCUGUAUCUUUAUUUCCUUCUUUGAAAAUACAGUUGAUAAUGCUUACCUGUGUCUCUGAGGAUAUACCAUUAAUCAUUGAAAACAUGGUAAAAGCCUUGCAGCACUGGAGGACAGCGGAGUAAUUAACUGUGUUGAAGUUUUCAACUCCCUGCAAGCAUGAGCCAAAAUUUUUUGAAAUAAUCAAAUUAGAAGAAGAUUUUGGAAGACCGUGACUUGGAACAAGGGAGAUCUAAUGACUUGUUCUAUCCCUGCUUGAAUUAAAAUAGAGCUAAAUCUGUAAGCAUUACUCCGGGUGUAACAUGUGAAUGACCAGACUGGAUUAGAUCUGAGAAAUAUGUGAGUAGUUCACACCAGAAGCUUCAGGGAAUGACUGGACUGCCCACUGCCUUUGUGGAUUUGAAUGGCAAGAGGAGGAGGAGUGACUGCAGAUAUCAGAAGUGGAAUUUAAGGACGCAGUCAAAGUGGAAACAGAAGUCUGGGCUAUCCAGUUUCUCACAGCUGGCUGAGAGAUGUGACUUUCAUUUUCUACCUAUUGAAGAGCUGAGAAGGGAAGGGGUAGCUGCAAAUACUUUAGAGAGAUCUUUUGUUUUUAAAGAUCCUGAAAAAGCCUGUGAUACUUUUGAUACUCUUUCUCCAGAUCAUCUCUACCUCCAGAAUCCUGAUUAUUGAACCUCAUCUCUCUGCAGUGGGACAAGGCAUUGGAAGGUUUUCAUUAAUUAUGAGAAGAUUGAGAGUCAUUUGAUUGCAAUACAAAUGGACGCAUAAUGGCACCUGCUAAAUAAGAUGUAGCUUCCACAAAGGAACAGCUACUGUAUGCAUUUAAUACAUUAAUAUUUUGCUGUACCUUUUAUAAAUAAAGAGAUGCAGAUUACAGUUUUAAAAAGUUUUUGGGUUUUUGUGUGGAUGGACACGUAAAAUGCUUUUAAGCACAUGGAUAGCACGAAUAUUUGCUUUUUGUGCGAUCGACUACUAUGCUGUACUUGAAGUAGUUUUGUUAGUUCAUUCUGUACUGUAGUGGAAGCAAUUUUAUUUAAUUUAUUGUUCAUGUCACGUUUUUGAAGUCCUUCAGACUUAGACUUCUCACCUAAAAUACAGACCUGAAUGCCAAAGUCUUUAUGAUAAUGUUACUCAGAAUCAUUUACAAGAUAAAUUUAGGAAUAAGCCAGAGUAGGUAUUAUCUGGAAGAACUUGCAAGUGCUUACAUCCUUUCACAAAGCAACUCAGCUUCAGUCUCUUACUAUUUUCCUCUGUAUCAGCGGAGAUAUUACUGAUUCCAGUAUAUUCACUGGUUGAAGCUCUGGGAAUAUGGGCUCAACCAGGCACAACUCUCAUGUUAGAAUUUAGGCAAUUGUGGAAAUGGCUAUUUCACUCAGAACCUCUGUAACGGCGUCUUUCAAUUAAUAAGGUAGUAAUUUAAAACUGAUUUCUUGUAGGUUACAUCUGUAGAUAGUCCGAACCUUACUUUUCUACAGACUUCUUAUCAGCUUAAUGAAAGAUUAAAACAGUUGUAAAACUAGAUGGCUGAUGUGCUGUGUGAAGCUUCAUUUUCUUUUCUUUCUUUUGGAAAUAUGGUAAAAAUUUUUAGAGAAAACAUUACUCUUCAUAAUACAGAUUUAAAAGAAUUACCAAGUAAGCUAGUUUUAAGAAAUGCUGGAUUGACUUCUGAAAGUUACAGUCCCUCACUGAAGUUUCUUGUGGUUACGUGCUGCUAGCUACAGAGCUUGAUUUCAGAAGUCAGUCCAACGUUUUAAAAACUUUUCAAGUUCUACAGAUGACAAGGAAACAUAGAAAGAAACUUUAAAAUAGUAACUGUAUUGAAAAGGAAUAUUGUACUGUAUGUUGAUCUGUUCACACUCUUAAUUUUAUAGGGAUUGCUUAGCAGUGGGCUAGCUGUAAUGGAAUAAGAUCAAGAGUGAGAAAGCACAGUGGUCACCCAAAGAAGCUUGCUAUCUAUGCAAUGUGUAAGGUUCUUGCAAUGAUUUUCACUUGAAUAUGAGGAAGUUCUUUACUUUGAGGGUG